UUAUAAACGGAGGGGAGGCGGAAAUGUAGAGCAUUCUUUCGCUUGUUGAAGGUGCGCUGUCAGGAAGGGCAUUUGCUUGUCUUAGGGCUCAUUUAACUGUUGUCUUUUACCAGCGGUCAUGGCUUCCUUUGCGAGUCGAUGGCUCAGGCCCGAGGCUUAUCCUAUAUUUGCGGCUACUGGGGUAGCUGUUAGUAUGUGCUGCUUUCAAUUGGGUCGUAAUUUGUUCACCAAUCCAGAAGUGAGGGUAACUAAAGACAACCGAACUGCGGGAAUUCUUGAAAACUUCGAAGAGGGAGAGAAAUACUCCCAACAUUCACUCAGAAAAUUUGUUCGCAAUAAGUCCCCUGAGAUCAUGCCAUCUAUAAACAAGUUCUUUACAGAGUCAAAAUGAGUAAUUCUUUAUUUGGUAACAUUGCUUAAUACCAAAUACUUCAACAUAACUGGAAUUUACAUUUAUGGCCAAUAAAAUUGUGGCACGCAUUUGUUUUUUUUUUAUUACUGGUGGAUUUUAUGUAGUUCAAUUUUUGUGGCAGUAAUAGAAAGAGCCACAAGAAUAAUCGAGUUGGAUCAUUGCAAAACUUAUCUAAUGCUUAUAUUCCAUAAUUAUUCCUCGCGGAAUGAUUAUAUGGACAUGGUAAUGGAUCAUUGGACUUUUGUUUCCCAUUGGAAUAAUGAUUGAAUUUAUUUCUCUGAA